CUCCCAGUCUAACCCCCCGUUUAGCCGAGCUGAAUCCUCACACCGUCUGUCAGCAUGGGGAGCGCUUGUUUUUCCCGGGACGUUUGUUUGUUUCUCCUCCUCAUAAAUACUUACAGCAGGGUGAUGGGGGAUGUCGGACCCGCAGACACAGAUGAGUGUGCCGAGGGUUCAGACGACUGCCACAUUGACGCUCUUUGCCAGAACACACCAAAGUCCUACAACUGCAUCUGCAAGCCGGGAUACAAAGGAGAUGGCAAGCAGUGUGAAGACAUGGACGAGUGUGAGAAUGACUACAAUGGUGGAUGUGUUCACGAAUGCAUCAACAUACCUGGAAACUACAGGUGCACCUGCUACGAUGGAUUCAUGCUUGCCCAUGAUGGACACAACUGUCUUGAUGUGGAUGAGUGUCUGGACAAUAAUGGCGGAUGCCAGCAGGUGUGCGUCAACACCAUGGGCAGCUACGAGUGUCAGUGCACCGACGGCUUCUUCCUCAGUGACAACCAGCACACCUGCAUCCACCGCUCUGAUGAUGGGAUGAACUGCAUGAACAAAGACCACGGCUGUGCCCACAUCUGCAGAGAAGCUCCUGGUAAAGGAGGAGUGUCCUGUGAAUGCCGUCCUGGAUUUGAGCUCGCCAAAAACCAGAAAGACUGUACAUUGACAUGUAACUAUGGAAACGGCGGCUGCCAGCACACGUGUGACGACACAGACACGGGCCCUGUGUGUGGCUGCCACCAGAAAUACGCUCUGCACUCGGACAGCAAGACCUGCAUCGAGAAAGAUGAGGCUGCAAUUGAGAGCUCUGAGUUCAAUGCCACGUCAGUAGCUGAUGUGGACAAGCGGGUGAAACGGCGGCUACUUAUGGAGACCUGCGCGGUGAACAACGGUGGCUGUGACAGGACAUGUAAAGACACGGCCACAGGGGUGCGCUGCAGCUGCCCUGUCGGAUUCACUCUGCAGCCAGAUGGGAAAACCUGCAAAGACAUCGAUGAAUGCCAGGAGAAUAACGGAGGCUGCGAUCAUUUCUGCAGGAACACGGUGGGCUCCUUCGAGUGCAGCUGUCAGAAAGGACACAAACUGCUGACUGAUGAACGCACGUGUCAAGACAUCGACGAGUGCUCCUUUGAGAGAACCUGCGAUCACACAUGCAUUAACUACCCCGGCAGCUUUGAGUGCCUCUGCAACAAAGGAUACAUCCUGUACGGCCUCACCCACUGUGGAGACAUCGAUGAGUGCAGCAUCAAUAACGGCAGCUGUGAGUACGGCUGCAUCAACACUCAGGGCAGCUACGAGUGCGUUUGUCCACUGGGACAGAAGCUCCACUGGAACAAGAAGGACUGCAUCGAGGCGGUGAAGUGUCUGCCCAAUGGGAAGCCAGCGCCCCGAGCUCAGCUGACCUGUGCCAAGAGCGGCGGGGCCGAGGUCUGCUCGCUCUCCUGCCCUUCCAACGCCCUCUUCCUCGCAGACUCAGAGAAUAGCUACACGUUAAGCUGCGGUGUUCCUGUCCAGCCUGGUAAAGUGCCUCAGAAGAGGAAUGCCACCACUGCCUUACCUACCUGUGCAGACACUCUGGCCCCGCCCAUCAAACAGAAGGCCAGGUUCAAGAUUAAAGACGCCAAGUGUCACCUGAGACCCCGGAACAAGGAGAAACACAGAGACGCAUCCAGACAGAACAUGCAAGGAGGCCAGUUCCCAUGCACUGAUGAUUGCCAGGUAACCUUUGUAAACCUAAAGUGUGACUCGUCUAAGAAACGCAGACGAGGACGUAAAUCUCCCACGAAGGAGGUUUCCCACAUCACAGCAGAGUUUGAGAUGGAGAUGAAGGAGGAGGAAGCUUCAGACACGUGUAACGUGGAGUGUGUGCGGGAAAGGAUGAAGCAGAAGCUGCAGAGCGCCAUGCGGACACUCAGGAAGUCCAUCAACAAGCAGCAGUUCUACAUCCAGUUCUCUGGGACCGAGUAUGAAGUGGCACAGAAACCAUCUAGGGUCCCUGAGGGGGCUGAGUCCUGCAGCACCGGACAAGUCCUCAGAGAUGGAAAAUGUGUGAGCUGCGGUGUGGGAACAUUCUACAGUGGCGAGCAGGAGCAGUGCGUUCAGUGUCCCCCCGGGACGUACCAGGACACGGUGGGUCAGUUGUCCUGUGAGCCGUGUCCCAGCACUGAAGGACAAGGCAUUGCUGGAGCUAAGAAUGUGUCUCAGUGUGGAGGUCAGUGUCCAGCAGGUCAUUUCUCUGCUGAUGGGUUUCGUCCAUGUCAGCAGUGUCCUCUGGGCUCGUACCAGCCAGAGCCAGGUCGGGUCCUUUGUUUUCCUUGUGGAGGAGGUUUGAUGACCAAAUAUGAAGGAUCGGUCUCCUUCAGGGACUGUGAGGCCAAAGUGCACUGUGCUCCGGGACAUUACUACAACUCCAGCACGCACCGCUGCAUCCGCUGCCCCCAGGGAACGUACCAGUCUGAGUUUGGGCAGAAUUACUGCAUCACCUGUCCAGGGAAUACAACCACAGACUUCGAUGGUGCCACCAACGUCUCCCACUGCAAAAAUCAGCUGUGUGGAGGUGAGCUGGGAGAAUACACGGGCUAUAUCGAGUCUCCAAACUACCCUGGAGACUACCCAUCCAACGUGGACUGUGUCUGGACCAUCAACCCCCCACACAAACGGCGGAUUCUCAUCGUGGUGCCAGAGAUCUUCCUCCCCAUCGAGGAUGAGUGUGGAGAUGUGCUGGUCAUGAGAAAGAGUGCCCUCUCCACCUCCAUCACCACCUAUGAGACGUGUCAGACGUAUGAGCGGCCCAUCGCCUUCACCUCUCGGUCCCGUAAACUCUGGAUUCAGUUCAAGUCCAACGAGGGCAACAGUGGCAAAGGCUUCCAGGUCCCAUACGUCACCUACGACGAGGACUACCAGCAGCUGAUAGAAGACAUAGUGAGAGACGGCAGGCUCUACGCCUCAGAGAACCACCAGGAGAUACUGAAGGAUAAGAAGCUAAUAAAGGCCCUGUUUGACGUGCUGGCCCAUCCUCAGAACUACUUCAGGUACACGGCGCAGGAGUCCAAAGAGAUGUUCCCUCGCUCCUUCAUCAAGCUGCUGCGCUCCAAAGUCACCAGGUUCCUACGGCCAUACAAAUAGGAGGCGGGGCCUCUCUGAUCUCCUGAUAAAGGAGCCCUGCGUCAUUCCAAAUUCAACGACCUAAAUGUAACCCCCCCCCCCGUGUCUAUUUCCCCUCUGCCUGGGUCAAUACAUUUACGUUCCUCUUCUGUGACAGCUCUUCUUUUUCUUUGUCACACGAUGCCUUUCCCCACCUUUAGUAAAACAUCUUUACAUGACAGCCUUUCCUCCAAUGUGUGCAGCUAAAGUUUGACUGAUAUGCAUUUUUGAAGGCCAGUAUUUACAUGUCCUAUUAUGUAGCAAGAAACUUCAUCUAUAAAUGUGUUUGUAUAUAUUGGUCUCUUACCAUUUAUUGCCAAAUUGAACUGUUUUGGCUCAAUGUUACUGAAGAUUUUGACAUCCCAAUACACCUCUUUCCCCUACCACUGAAUCGGCUUGAAAUUAAUGUAUGCCCAGCUUUAGUGUUUUUGACAGCUUUAUUUGUAGCUAUCAGACUGAAUUGAAACCAAUUACUUCUAAAAUGUCAUUACCCAGCUGUUUGGCAGUCCAGCAGCUUGAAUCUUGGAAUAUUUUUGGCUAUGAAGACUGCAUUAGCUGGAUCAUGGUUGACUAUACAACAGAAGAUGUUCAGUGCAUUCAGACCCCUUCACUUUUUCAGUUUUUUUUAUUAAUUACAGCCUUAAGUCUUUUCGAAUAUGACACUACAAGCUUUGCACGCCUGGAUUUGGGGAUUUUUUUUGCUAUUCUUCUUUGCAAGCCUUCUCAUGCUCACUUAUGUUGGAUGGGGACCAUCAUUGGACUGCCAUUUUCAGGUCUCUCCAGGGAUGUUCGAUAGGGUUAAAAUAACAGCUCUGGCUGGGCCCCUCUAGGACAUUCAGAGUCGUCCCAUAACUACUCUUGUGUUGUCUUGGCUAUGUGCUUAGGGUCAUUGUCAUGUUAAGUGGUGAACCUUUGGUCCAGUCUGAGGUCCUGAGUGCUGCUGAAUAGGUUUUCAUUGAGAAUAUCUUGCUUGGCUUCAUUCAGCUUUCCUUCAACCCUGACCAGUCCCUGCUGUUGAAAAACACCCCCACGGCAUGAUGCUGCCACCACCAUGCUUCCCUGUUUGGAUGGUAUUUGGCCGGUGAUGAGUGGUGCUUGGUUUCCCCAAGACAUUACAUUUAGAAUAUAGGCCAUACAAUUCAGUCUUGGUUUCAUCAGACCAGAGACUCUUUUCUCACAGUCUGAGUACUUCAGUGCUUUUUUGCCACCUCCAAAAGGGCUUUCAUAUCUUUUGCUCUGAGGAGAGGCUUCUGUCUGGCCACUUUGCAGCAAAGCCUAGAUCAGUGGAGGGCUGCUGCGUUGGUCAUCCUUCUGGAACUUUGUCCCAUCUCCACACAGGUUUUCUGGAGCUCAGUCAGAGUGAGCAUCAGGGUCUUGGUCACCUCUCUUACUUCGGCCUUUCAUCCCCGAUUGCUCAGUUUGUCCGGGUGACCAGCUCUCGGAAGAGUCCUGGUUAUGCCAAACUUCUUCCAUUUGAGAACUAUGGAUGCCACUGCUCAGAUCACGUAGCCUUCCCCAGAUCUGUGCCUUGCAAAAAUCCUGUCCUUGAGCUCUGCAGGCAGUUCCGUUUACUUAAUGGCUGGGUUUUUGCUCUGAUAUGCAUUUUUAGCUGUGAGGUCUUCUAUAGGGAGUUGUGUGCCUUUCCAAAUCAUGUCCAAUCAAUUUAUUUACAACAGGCAGACUCCAAUCAGAGUGUAGAAACAUCUCAGCAAAGAUCCAGAGAAAUGGGAGGCACCUGAACUUUAUUUCAAGUGUUGUUGC